AUGGGGAUGAGGUUCAAACAUUUCUUCUUUGCAUUGCUCGCUGGUUUGGGUCUUGUACUUGCUGUUCAUGCUCAGGAUAAAUCAGUUGAGAUGAUAGAUACUGAAUCCAACAUUCAAACUGUAUCAUUGGAGUCAAUUCAACGACAAUUUACAUAUUCUGAGCUUCAAAAAAUUACCAAUAACUUUGAGAUGAUUAUUGGUAAGGGUGGAUUUGGAACAGUUUACCGUGGCAACAUAGAUGACACUCAAGUAGCAGUGAAGAUGCUCUCUCCAUCAUCAGUUCAAGGCUUUCAACAAUUUCAAUCAGAGGUUAAACUUCUUAUGAGGGUUCAUCAUACAAACUUAACUACUCUUGUUGGGUAUUGCUAUGAAGGAACUAACUUGCGGCUCAUUUAUGAGUACAUGGCCAACAGAGACUUAGAAGCACAUCUUUCAGGUUUGGGCAAGGCAAACAUCUUAAAUUGGGAAGAUAGAAUCCGGAUAGCGACAGAUGCAGCACAAGGAUUGGAGUAUUUGCACCAUGGUUGCAGACCACCUAUAAUUCACAGAGAUGUGAAGCCUACAAACAUCUUGUUAAAUCGCAAUUUUCAUGCCAAACUAGCUGAUUUUGGACUAUCCAAAAUUUUUCCCACCGAUGGUGGCAGCCACGUGUCAACCGUUGUUGCUGGCACCCCUGGGUAUUUGGACCCCGAGUACUACAUGUCAAACCGGCUAGCUGAAAAAAGUGAUGUUUAUAGUUUUGGAGUCGUUCUUUUAGAGAUAAUUACAAGUCGGCCUGCAAUAGAAAAAUCUAAGGAAAUGACUCACAUAAGUCAAUGGGUGAGGUUAAUGCUAGCUAAAGGGGAUAUAAAAAGUAUUGUUGAUACAAGGUUGCAAAGAAAUUUUAACGUCAAUUCUGCGUGGAAAGCUGUCGAAAUAGCAAUGGCCUGUGUAUCUCCAACUUCUGCUAAAAGGCCAACCAUGAGUCAGGUAGUGGUCGAGCUAAAGCAAUCUUUCGCAUCUGAAUUGGCUCACAUGAAGGAGGGUCAUGCGGUCAAAACAACAGAUUCAAUUGAAAUGAUUGAUGUGAAUCUGACAACAGAACUCAUUCCUUUAGCACGAUAG